ACCUUAAUGAAUGGUAAUGAACGUUGAAUUAAGAUUCGUGAUGCAGAAACUAGACACCAUAAUGUUGGAAGUAGACUUGAGUUAUAUUUAAAAAUGAAGCAACUUUAGAAGGGGGGUUCAGGAACAACGUAGAUUGUGGGCAGUCAACCUAUAAAAAGCAUUUGUUAUCAUCAUCAAUGGACAAAACUGUUAGACUGUGGGAUAUAGAAAGUAAGGCUUGCCUAAAGUUGUUUGCCCACAAUGAUUAUGUAACAUGUAUCCAGUUCAAUCCGACAGAUGAUAGUUACUUCAUCAGUGGCUCUCUUGAUGCCAAGGUCCGCAUAUGGAGCAUACCAGACCGUCAAGUUGUUGACUGGAGUGAUCUCCAUGAAAUGGUUACUGCUGUAUGCUACACUCCAGAUGGUCAGGGUGCAAUAGUUGGUUCACAUAAAGGAAGCUGCCGCUAUUACAAGACCUCUGAUUAUAAGCUUAACCAGGAAGCUCAGAUAGAUAUUAGGAGCAAAAAAAAGAAGUCUCAUGCAAAAAAAAUUACCGGCUUCCAGUUUGCUCCAGGCAAUCCAACUGAAGUGUUAAUUACCUCAGCUGAUUCACAGAUUCGGGUGUUUGAUGGUCUUGAUAUGAUUCACAAAUUCAGAGGUUUCAGGAACACAAGCAGUCAAAUUUCUGCAUCGUACACAUCUGAUGGGAGGUAUGUCGUGUGUGCAAGUGAGGACUCCCAUGUGUAUAUAUGGAAGCGAGAUCCAGCACGCAGCUUAGGUGCUGGAGGGAAAAGCAAAGGUUGGAGUACAACCCGAUCUCACGAGCACUUCUUUUGUAAAGAUGUCUCAGUCGCAAUCCCAUGGCCUGGCAAUGGAAGCAACUUUGGACCAACAUCGCCAUCUGUGCCACUGUGGUCUAGAAGGUAUACUCAUGAACAGGGCGAGAGCAGCGAUUCCCAAAUAUCCAUCACCUCUGAGGAUAACUUCCCCAUCAGCAGGAGCCAUUACCUGCCGCUUCCUAAGAAGAAUUCCCCGGAACAGACACUUCCCUGUGCAGAUGAAUUCCGCAACAUCUCUCACUUGGGACCAGAAAUUGGUAGUGGGUCAUUUGUUUCAGCUUGUUCUUCUUCAAUGCGGUCUGGUGCAGUUUCCUCUUCGAUAUCAGAUUCUGGCACCUUUUCAUCGUCCCUGUCAUCUUGGGGAUGGUCUGUUGGGGGCAGCAAUAGGACCAGCAAUAUCGGUGCCGCAAAUGCGUGGGGUCUAGUAGUAGUGACAGCUAGUCUGGGAGGGGAUAUCAGGAUAUACCAAAAUUUUGGCCUGCCACUUCGGCUUAGCCGUCAAACCAAUUUAUUCUAUUAAAUUACUCCCAGCUGUGCUGACGUGCCCAACUCUAUUUUUUCCAGAUGUUGGAGAUCCUGCAGUCCACUUGCAGUCGUACAGGAUCAGCCUUGUAAUGUUGUGCGUGAGGGAUGUGAACUUUGAGGUUCUAGGACAUGUUCAGGCCCGAUGUGGCAGAACUGGCUCGUUCACCAAGCAUAUUGUAUCAGCCAAAACCGCACAUUACAAAGCGCUGCUUUUUCGCAUAUAUCUGAAUGAUCAUCAACUUGGUCUUAAGACGUAAAA